AUCUGUCUUUUAACUUUUAAUCGCAAAUAUUGGUUACAUUUUGGCGACAGAAAUGAUUGUUAAUUACAAAAUAUUCAUUACACAUUUAUAAGCACAAGUGAAGCCAUAAUUAAUAAAUUAUAAUCAAAAGACAAUUAAUGUGCGAAACAGCGCCGACAAUGUCGUCAAUUGUCAUCAAUACUACCUAUUCCGGCGAUGAAGAUCCGGAAAAGCUAACCAAACUGAUGGAGAAAUUGGAGGAAUACAUAAACAACAGGGCGUUGGACAAGAUGAGCCUCAUAUCACUGGUCAUUGCGUACGCGAUACUCAUAUUCAUCGGCACUUUGGGCAAUGGGUUGGUGUGUGUAGUGGUGGCCCGUAAGCCCAAAAUGCGGACCUCAAGGAACCUGUUUAUCAUCAAUUUGGCCAUAAGUGACCUCUUGUUGUGUUUCUUCACGAUUCCCUUCUCGUUGGUCGAGAUAUCUGUCAAGUUUUGGCCCUUUGGUAUGCCGUCCAUUCAUUGCCUGCUAUUGUUUUAUGUUAACUCAUAG